AUGGACACUGGCGGAAGUGAGGGACAUAGCGAAGAGGAGAAGAGGUGUUCUCCAACUCAAGACAUGAGCGAUAACAGGCAGACGGGUGGUGCUAAUGAGACAGCGGAAGAUUCGGGAGUCACUGUGCCACCCCCUGAGGAGGGUAGUUUACAGGACCAGUUAGACCAUGAGCAGCUACAAGCGAGAGAGUAUAGCAUCAUUUCUCAGUCCCAGUCAGGGGCUAGUGGUACAGAAGCACCUCCAGUUGCAUCUGACCAGACAGAGAUGCUGGUACCUCCCCAAGCCUCUGUGCUCCUCUCUGCUGCGACUGCUAUUAACUAUGGAGACGAGGCUGCUGGCAGAGUCGACGGGGAGAAUGAGGAUGAAGAAGAGGAAGAACUCGUUGUUCUGAGCCCCGAGCAUCCACUGAUGAAGCGCUUCCAGACUGCCCUGAAGAACCAUCUCACCAAACAGCUGGAAAGGCUCAACUUGGAUCUCCGUGAGGAACUGGCCACAGAGAGGGCAGAGGCCACCAGACGAGAGGAGAUGGGUGUGGAGUUGUAUUCGGUGCAGCAGGAGCUGGUGAGGCUCCAGGCGGCUCUGGAGAGCCGUCACGAGGCCAAUAUUGAAGCAUCCAAACAGCAUCAGCAGGCUCAGAAGCAGCUGGAUAGCAUAAGACACCAGUACCGAAAUUCCGCCAAACAAGCUCACAAAAUGCGUUCUGAAGUAUCUCAGAAGCAGGCCGAGGUGGAGAAGCUGACCAGGCAUCUCUUCUACAUGCAAGACAUGAAGGCCGAACUGCACUCUGACAUCAUGGCCAUGAAGACGGCCUCACGCAAGGCCCAGGCUGAGAAAACCCACAUUGACGAGCAAAAGCACAAGCAGGACCUCUAUGUAAACAGGUUGACAAAACACAUAGAGAGGCAGACGGAGCAGAUAGCUGAAUACGACAUCCAGACCCUGGCUCAGAAAGAGGAGACUAAAGCAACAAAAGAAACCUUGGCUGAGGCUCAGAUGGAGAUUGACUCAUUGGCUGUGGAAUAUAAACAGCUGCUACAGCAGUGGGACAGCAGUUUGAUUGGAAUGAGGAAGAGGGAUGAAGCCCACACUGCCAUGCAGGAAGCUUUGAGGCUGGCCAAUCAGCAGGUGCGUUCUCUGGAUACGGAGAUCGAGGGCUAUAAGAAGUCCAUCACUCAGGAAGAGGAGCAGAAUGAGCUAUUGACGGUGUUGCUGAAUAGAGUUCAGCUGGAUAGUGCCACUUCACAAAAGCUCAUCUCCCAGAUCCAAAACCAGCAGGAGGCACUGCAGGCCAAGUACAGCACAUACACACGCAUGCUGCAGGAGACAGAGAACACACUGAACCGUCUCAAUGUGGAAAGUGGUGUGCGUCAGUCAGAACUGACGGCUCUAAGGAAGCAAGUCGAGAAAGAAUCAGCCACGCGUCUGGAACUAGAAGAGAAGAUCAUGUCCAAGAUACAGGAGCAGCUCACACACGACAACGCCACCAAGUACUCGCACAGACUGACGGAGCGGCUGGCCGCCCACAAGAGAGAAAGGGAGGCCCAGCUGUCACGGCUGGAGAACGACAUAGCGACGGUGAGCCUGGAGACCAGUGAGGUGACUCUGAGACUGGAAGCUGUGGCCCGCCUGCAGGCCGAGCUGGAGCAGGAAAUGAGUCGCCGCCACGGCGAGCUGUCCGCCGCCGAGGCUGUUAUCGCCAAGCUCAUUAUCGUCAGCGAACGCAAACAGUCCACCAUCAAUAUCUACAAUAAGAAGAUCCAGCAGAUCGUUGAAAGCACCGGGCAUAAGGAUCUUAGUCCUCUGGAGAUCCAGGCCCGGACUCUGAUUGAACAGCUGGAAAAGCUGGGCUCGGAGAUGAAAGACCAGCAGCAGCUCUGGCUACGGCAGCAGGGAGAACUAAUCAGACUCGCUCAGGAGAAACAGACCCUGCGCGCCGCCCUGCAAACCCAACAGACCCAACUCACCAUGUUACAGCAGAGAAAAGUGCGCACAGAGAAUGAGAUAGAGCAGGAGAAGAGAGGCCAGACUGAGCUGGAAAGCCACAAUAAGGAACUGAUGGCCGAUAUGCAGAGGCUCAACACGUUACUGAAUAAGAAAAGCAAACUGCACCACAACCUGGAGCAGGACAACAUCCUCACUGAGAACGACUUCCUGCACAGGCUCAGGGAGGCAGAGAGGGACUCCAUUGAGAUGCAGAUGAAGUUAGAGAUGAUUGAGGAAGAGACCAGUAGGUUACUCAGCAGUAUUACAGAGGCAGAACGACAGAUUAUGCUAUGGGAAAAGAAGAUUCAGUUGGUCAUAGAGACUCAUGCGGCAGUUAACUCAGAGAUGGGUCAAGGAGACAUCCGCACCAUGAAGGCAGAGAUUCACCGCAUGGAGGUGCGGUAUGCUCACUUGAAGAAGCAGCAGGAACAUUUUAUGAGAGAGAUGGAGGCAGUGGUGGCUCGCAGGGAGACGAUCGUGACGCGCAGUGAAGCCCAGGCUCGUGACGACCGCAGACAGCCCACACACGCAGACUUCAACAGCAUCCUCCACAACCUGCGUCGCAAGAUCGCUGAGACGCAAAAGCAAGCAGAGGAGUGUGAUGGUGUGAUUAAGGAGCUGCAGGAGACUCAGCGCUCUCUGGAUGAUGAACUGAAAGAGAAGCAGCGGCUGCUGAGUGAACUACAUAGUGCCACUGCAGUCUUGACCUCUGACCUCCGUAGCCUACAGUACAGCAAAGACAAAAACUUGUUACAGAUGGUGGCUAUGCAGGGUAGGACCAAGCAGCUUCAGAUGUUGCGGGAUGGGCGCUACAGCGCCGUGGCAACAAGCGAAGCCACGCUCGAGUCGGCCAUGGAGCAAAAGAGAGAACGCCUGCACGCUAUCAGCUCCAUUCUGAUGCACGUAAUCCAGGAUUUCCCCCAGCACCAGGCCGUUCUGAGGAAACCCAACCUUACCCUGGCCGCCAGGCUCCUCACUGCGCCCCCGUAG